UUUAUUAAACCCACAUUAGUGUAUCAAAAAUGCUUUUGUUUUUUUCUAAAGUAAUGUUCUUAGAUUAAAGAAGAAUCUAAGAAUAGAUUCUUCAAUGUUUAAACAAAAAGUGACGUCAUUUGUUUUAUCAGCGCUAAGCAGAAAUAAUUCAAUAUAAUAAACAGAAAUAAAGCUUCAAGAAUAUCUGUCUGCAUUUAUCAGUUUCACUUGAAAGAAAUACUAAAAAUGUUGAAUUUUCUAUAAUAUUUAGAUUCCCUCAGAAGAACCUGCUAAUGGAGUUUACAGGUAAUACAGAGUAAAAGCAAGUUUAUGUUUCUCACAAACAUGAUGGUGGAACGUGUGUCAGUCAUUUCAGGUGUCAUAUUGAAAGAGCAAAGGCUAUUUUUUAGCUUUGGAACCAAGUUAAUGUGGCAAACAAAAGCCUUUUUUAGUCUGGCGAAGCGUUGGGAGUAGUGUGUAACAGAUGGCAAUGUUUAAAGAAAAGGUGACUUCUUUUUAUGUGGACUGGUUCAAAAAGGCCAGCAAUCUUCGUCUAUUUGGUUUCUUUUCAGAUGCAUUCCUUUUUAUUACCAGUAAAUCUCAUCACUAUGUACUUACUUUGGGUAAAACAGGUAAAACUGCUCCGAACCAGUUUGAGAAGCAAGAUGCUGGCAUGCUGACAAGAUGCUUGUUCCAACCUGACAGACGACUUUUUGUGCAUUCUUUUCUUCCCCCUUCGGCACUUGACAAGCUUGGUGUCACAUUUUAGUUCCUCACUUAAAGGCAUCAGAAGAACUGAUGGAGACGUUUCAUAUUUUACAGCGUUGCUAUCAUGAUUUUAUUUUAUUUUUUACUUUUUUAACAGAUAAAAUGGAAGGUGUUCAACCUCCUCCGUAUACUGCAGCUACUUCAUAUCCUGGUCCACCACUGGGGUACGGCGCGGCGCCCCAGCUUGUUGCCCAGCAAUAUGCCCAGCCUGUUGCACAGCAAUAUGCCCAGCCUGUUGCCCAGCAAUAUGCCCAGCCUGUUGCCCAGCAAUAUGCCCAGCCUGUUGCACAGCAAUAUGCCCAGCCUGUUGCACAGCAAUAUGCCCAGCCUGUUGCACAGCAAUAUGCCCAACCUGCUCCUCAGACAAAUAUCCAGCUUGUUCAUCAAACAGUCAUAAAUCAAAAUCAGAAGACUGAACCUGAAAACCCUGUGGUGGUGCAACCGAGACUAACUGAGACUGCUGGAAACAAGACGUGUCCGUUUUGCAAGAAACAAGUUAUGACCGUAACUGAAUACAAAUUGGGCACGCUCACUUGGGUCGUCUUUGGGACACUGUUUAUUUUUGGGAUUUGGCCUUUCUGUUUGAUCCCGUUCUGUGUGGGUUCCUGCAAGGAUGUGCAGCAUACCUGCCCGCAGUGCAACAACAUUCUGCACGUCUACCGCCGCAUGGGUUGAACUGCAGUGGUCAAUCCUGCAGCUAUUGAAAUUUAUGAAGUUAUGAUAUAUAUCCAGCAUAUAUGUGUGUGUGUGUGAUGCAUUUUUGUCAUUGUCUUCUGUUUAUGUAGCCAAAGAAACUACUGCUUAUUUAAAUUGAUGUUCAAGUUCUUGAAUUAACAGGAUUAAUAUAUAAAACACCCCUAGUCCAAAACUAGGUUCUGCCUUUGGUCAGACUCUUGCCUUGGGUGUUUUUAAUAAAGAUAAUGUUGUUCAUCAUCACAUAAGAAAUUGUUUCUUUAAGUAGAAGAAACAAAACUGUGACAGGUCAAAAAGACAGUUUACCUGGAAAGACCUGUUUGUGUGUGUGUGUGUGUGUGUGUGUGUGUGUGUGUGUGUGCGUAUGUGGGUGGGUAUGUGGGCUUGUAUUUGAUACAUUGUUGGGUCAAUUUUACCAUAAAAAUGCUACAUUACUUUAUACCAUUAAAUGUAAUGACAUAAUAAACAUAAUAAAAUGUCAUAAAUUCCCA